CGAUCUACACUUUGCUUCUUGGUACGUGAAUUGUGCUUUGAAUAUGUAAAGGUCUAGUAAGAUGGGAAAACGAGCGAGCAAACUAAGUUCAACUGACGUGAAAGACUUAAUGGGAUGUACAUAUUUUAACAAAAAGGAACUUCAGACUUGGUACAAAGAUUUCCUGAAAGAAUGCCCCACUGGCGAACUGAAACAGGAGGAGUUUGAAUCAAUUUAUCAGCAGUUCUUCCCCCAUGGAAGUCCCAAAAAGUUUGCGGCCUAUGUGUUCAACAUAUUUGAUACAAACAAGGACGGACACAUUUCCUUCAAGGAGUUUAUCUGUGCCCUGUCUGUAACAUCGAGGGGAAGUCUGGACGAGAAACUGGACUGGGCCUUCAGCCUGUAUGACGUGGACAAUGACGGCUACAUCACGCGCCCAGAGAUGAUUGAGAUUAUAGACGCCAUCUACAGCAUGGUGGGUAGCCUCCUGGAGCUGCCCAAGGACGAGGAUACGCCGGAGAAACGGGCCAACAAGAUCUUUCAGCAGAUGGACGCAAACAAGGACGGCAUGUUAUCGAAAGAUGAGUUUCGAGAAGGUUCUAAAUGUGACCCUUGGAUCGUCCAAGCCUUAACGAUUGACACUGGCCCUCAUGUUAGCAGUUGAUGUAUUCAAAGUUGACACUAAACAACAUCGACACUUGACACCUAUAUGGUGAUUGACUUCAUGUUAUAACUUGCUGUAUUUGCCAUCAACACUUUACUGCUCUAUUGUCACUGACUUAAUUUUAGAAUUUACUGUUUUUGUCAUCAACACUUGACACCUUAAUGAUGAUUGACUUCAUUUUAGAAUUUACUGUAUUUGUCAUCAAGACUUUACACCUUAAUGAUGAUUGACUUCAUUUUAGAAUUUACUGUAUUUGUCAUCAACACUUGACACCUUAAUGAUGAUUGACUUCAUUUUAGAAUUUACUGUAUUUGUCAUCACAACUUUACACCUUAAUGAUGAUUGACUUCAUUUUAGAAUUUACAGUUUUUGUCAUCAACACUUGACACCUUAAAAAUCUGAAUCAUUGACUUCAUUUUAGAAUUUACUGUAUUUGUCAUCAAGACUUUACACCUUAAUAAUGAUUGACUUCAUUUUAGAAUUUACUGUAUUUGUCAUCAACACUUGACACCUUAAUGAUGAUUGACUUCUUGUUAGAAGUUUCUGUAUUCAUUAUCAAGACUUGACACCUUUAUGAUGAUUUACUUUAUGUUAGAAGUUUCUGUAUUCAAUAUCAAGACUUUACACCUUUAUAAUGAUUGAUUUCAUGUUAGAAACGUUUCUGUAUUCAACAUCAACACUUGACACCUUUAUGAUGAUUGACUUCAUAAUAGAAGUUACUGUAUACAACAUCAAGACUUGACACCUAUAUGGUCAUUGACUUCACGGUAGAAGUAACUGUAUUUGACAUCGACACUUGACACCUACAUGGUGAUUGACUUCAUGUUAUAACUUUCUUUAUUCAACAUUGACACUUUACUGUUCUAUUGUAACUGACUUUAUUUUAGAAUUUGCUGUAUUUGGCAUCAACACUUGACACCUUUAUGAUGAUUGACUUCAUGAUAGAAGUUGCUGUAUUCAACAUCAAGACUUGACACCUAUAUGGUCAUUGACUUCACGGUAGAAGUAACUGUAUUUGUCAUCAACACUUAACAACCUAAUAAUGAUUGUCUUAAUUAAAGAAGUUUUUGUAUUCAACACAGACACUUGACACCUUUAUGAUGAUUGACUUAAUGAUAGAAGUUUCUGUAUUCAACAUCGACACUUGACGCCUAUAUGAUGAUUGACUUCAUGUUAGAAUUUGCUGUAUUUUUCAUCAACAAUUCACACCUUUAUGAUGAUUGACUUCAUUUUAUAACUUAAUUUAUUCGACAUCGACACUUAACUCCUCUAUUGUCACUGACUUCAUUUUAGACUUUGCUGUGUUUGUCAUCAACACUUGACACCUUAAUAAUGAUUGACUUCAUUUUAGGAGUUAUUCAACAUCGAGACUUGACACCUUUAUGAUGAUUGACUUCAUGAUAGAAGUUGCUGUAUUCAACAUCGACACGUGACACCUUUAUGGUCACUGACUUCAUGUUAGAAUUUGCUGUAUUUUUCAUCAACAAUUCACACCUUUAUGAUGAUUGACUUCAUUUUAUAACUUAAUUUAUUCGACAUCGACACUUAACUCCUCUAUUGUCACUGACUUCAUUUUAGACUUUGCUGUGUUUGUCAUCAACACUUGACACCUUAAUAAUGAUUGACUUCAUUUUAGGAGUUAUUCAACAUCGAGACUUGACACCUUUAUGAUGAUUGACUUCAUGAUAGAAGUUGCUGUAUUCAACAUCGACACGUGACACCUUUAUGGUCACUGACUUCAUGUUAGAAUUUGCUGUAUUUGACAUCGACACUUGACACCUAUAUAGUCACUGACUUCAUGUUAGAAUUUGCUGUAUUUGACAUCAACACUUGACACCAGUAUAAUUACUGGAUCAGUGGGGAAAACUAAAUAUGCAUAGGAGAAGGAAGAUACACAUGUGGACCUGAAUGUUCUUUCUAUUGUGAAAUAUUUUAUGCAUGGUUUUGUAGUUAUUUUAGCUGUUAAAUUAUUUAAUGAGGUUAAGUUUUAAAUGGUGUUUAUUGUUCUUUAUUUUAAAGUGUAAUGUGCUGUUUGUAAUACCAUAUUAUAUGGAGAACAUUGUUUUGUAUUUAAUAAGAGUAACAUGUUUAAGUUUUAAAUUGUCUCUUCAGAUACAAUGUAUAUUGUUUUGUACCAUGUAUAGGUAUUUGAUGUAUGAAUUUAUGUAACUUUCAUUUCAAGACAUAAGAAUUUAUUGUCACGUGCUUUAAAUUACAAUCAUACGGAAUGCAUAUAAAUUAUUUUAUUUAAAAUGUUAAAGACAGCAUUUCAAGAAUCAAACAUUGGCAACAUUUUCUUCGACUGAUACGUCACAAGAAGUUUUUCGGAGCAAAUGACUUCACUUAAGUGAACAAUACACCUAUGUACCAAUUAUGAACAAAAUUUGUAAAUACGAAAUGGUAUUGAACAGCAGAAUGUAAACAUGAGGUACAAGUACAACACAAUAAUGCGUACAGUAUUUUAAAUUUGUAAAGAAAUUCAUUUUAAAGUUGAUUAUAAAGUCUCAGCUUGACUAUUAAAACUCCUGAACUCAUUUGAUAAAAUAUGGUAAUGAUUAAUUUUUUUAUGUCUUUGUAUCUCUUUUUAUGUCUUCUUAGAGCAGUUUCGUUCUGGUUUUAUUUCUGAGAAUCUUGUUCAUAUCAUGUUGCAAAUAACUUUUAAAGUAACUUUUUUUAGUCAAUUAAUAACUAUUUUCUUAUUCUUGUCUACUUAACCAUUGGUUAAAUUACAUAAAUGUUAACUUUCUACAUACAAGAAAUCUCAAUAUCAUUGUUAUCAUUACCAAUAAAAAUGAUGAAUCAAACACAUAUAGUUAUAUUUUUAUGUACCCCCUUCUAUACUGGGGGACAUAUUGUUAUUUGCCCUGUCUGUUUGUUGGUUUGUUGGUUAAAUGUUUGCGUCAAACUUUAACAUUGUACAUAACUUUUGCAAUAUUGAAGAUUGCAAUUUGAUAAUUAGCAUGCAUGUGUAUCUCAUGGAGCUGCACAUUUUGAGUGGUGAAAGGUCAAAGGUCAAAUAUAUGGGGGACAUAGUGUUUCCAAAUGCAUCUUGUUAUAUAUUAGAUAUUUCACUUAUUAUUAAUAAAUUUUAUUUUUGCAAAUUUUGCUUGUAAAAGUCAAGCCACGUUGUUGCAGAGCCAUAUUGUUGGUGAACACAAAUCACAAGGAAUGCUUAAGCUCACAUGAGCACAUGUUCUUGUUGAGCCCUAGUGACCACCCUUGUCCAUCAUCUGUGAAACUAAGUCAGUAACCAGUUGUACAAAUGAUAUGUGGACCACGUUUGCAACUGGGUCACUCUGGGUAAUUAACUAGGUCACUAAGACACAUUGAAGAAAAAGCUAGUGAAUGCUCAAUAAGCCGCAUUUUAGACCUAUCAACAGUAAACUUGGUCACAACAUUUCUCCAAAAUACAUAUUCGCCAAGUUCUAUACAGGGUCACUUGGUCAUAUUAAACAAGUAGAUUGUUAACGCUAGAAGUAACUUUUUUUUGCUAAUUUUUCAUAAAUAUUGCUCAGAACAUUUUUUCUAAUGAUGUCUCCACUGAGUUAAAUAUGGUUUUAGUUUAAUUGAAAAACAUGUUUGCCAUGAGGUUGGAAAGUUAUUUUUGCUCGGCUGUUUUCGGAGAAAACCAGAGGUAUUGUCAUUGCCAGUUCGUCGUCUGGCGUCUGCUGUCCGCGUCGUGCUAAAACCUUGACAUAGGCUCUAAAAUCAAAGUUCUUCCACAUACAACUUUGAAACUUCAUAAAGUUCUUCCACAUACAACUUUGAAACUUCAUAUGUAGAUGUACCUUGAUGAGCUCUACACGCCACACCCGUUUUUUAGGCACUAGGUCAAAGGUCAAGGUCACUUCUGACAACCAUUCAUUUAUUCAAAACUGCACCCACAGCCGAGCGUUGGCACCCGCUAUGCGGUGCUCUUGUUAUAGUAAAACCAUUUAUACUAGUGAUAUCUGGGCUGAUUUAAGAAAAUGAUUGUGGUUUGUUUACUAACAUGGCAUUUGAGUAAAAAAAAAAUCAAAAGUCAAAUGCAAAACCUAGUGAGCACUUCCUGCGCUGAACAGUUUAAUUUGUUGUUGUGUCGUACACAGAUAUUGUUCAUUUAUAUGUCAUGUAAAGUUUAUUACAGACUAGUCACACAUUUAUGUUGUUGCUUUGUUGAUGGUAAGCUACAUUUUGCAGACUCUUUUAAAAGAAUAUUUUUGCUUUUCUUGUUUGUUUUUAUGUUGUUGAAAAUACUUUAUAAUC